GAUGAUCUGAUCUAAAAUGAUUCAGAGCAAACCUAUGAACAAUAUGUAUCUAAUAGCCAUUUAAUUUUAGGGGAUAUCAGCCUAAGAAUUGCAUUAGACUUGGUUAACUGAAAAAGAUAGAGUGUUGUCGUAUUAUAUAAAAAAGAGGACGCAGGGUUAAAAAGUAUUAGUCUACGUAAUUAAUAUUAGAUUGAAAAAUUUCAAUGGUCAGUAAACAAUCAAUUCUAUUCAAAAAAAGCUAAAAAUAUUAAUAAACCUGUUUGCAUAAUGAAUCUGAAGGUAUGACUUGUAAAAAUGAGCAAUAGUCAAAAGAUGUUGUCAACAAAACUUAUAAAUUUCACAGGUUCGAAAUAAAUG